AUGCCCUUCGGGCUCAAAAACGCCGGCGCAACAUACCAAAGGCUGGUCACCAAGAUGUUCAAGGAACAGCUCGGCAAGACAAUGGAGGUCUACAUCGACGACAUGCUAGUAAAGUCGGCUAAAAAGGAGGAUCACAUCGACCAUUUAAAACAAGCCUUUGAGAUACUAAGACGAUACGGGAUGAAGCUAAACCCGGAAAAAUAUGCUUUCGGCAUGUCUUCCGGAAAGUUCCUGGGUUUUCUCGUAUCCCAGCGAGGUAUCGAAGUCAAUCCAGACAAGAUCAAGGCCAUAGAGAUGAUACCAGAAACCCUGAAUAGCAAGAAGCAGGUGCAGAAACUAACUGGGCGAAUAGCCUCUCUGUCAAGAUUCAUCUCGCAAUCCUCGGACAGAUCCCGGCGAAUGCCUGCUCGUCUAUCUGGCGGUGUCAGAAGUCGCCGUCAGCGCCGUCCUAGUUCGCGAAAGCAAAGGUACGCAAUCCCCGAUUUACUAUAUCAGCAAAACUCUGAUAGAUGCCGAAACGAGCACGGGAAUCUUGCCAGAGGUGGAACAAGAGGCCCUCCGCGCCUCUGCAAACACCGACCUCUGGAUCCUCUACACCGAUGGCGCCGCAAACGCCUCGGGAUUAGGACUGGGACUCAUCCUCGAAGUCCCCAUGGGAGAAGUAUGAAGCUGGCCAUCAAAUACGGAGCCCGUCGGGUCAUCCUCCAUUGCGACUCCCAACUCGUGGUAAACCAGGUCACCGGAACCUACCAAAUUAAGGAACAAAGGCUACAAAAAUACCAGUCAGAAAUCCGCAAGCUGAUGAUGGAGUUCGACGAAUGUCGCUUCGAGCAGAUUCCUCGGGGACAGAACAUCGAGGCGGACAGCCUAGCAAAACUAGCCGCAGCCACCAAAAAUAUCAACAAAGAGAACGUGGUCACUCUCCUCCAUUCAGCCGUCGACCAUGUCGAGGUACUCUCAUUAAGCUUAACUUGGGACUGGCGCAACCAGUUUGUAUCCUACCUGCAGGACGGGACACUCCCGCACGACAAAAAGGAAACCAAGAAACUUCGGGUACAAGCAGCCCACUACAGCCUCAUAAACCACGAGCUCUACAAGAGAACGUUCGGUGGUCCCCUUGCUAAAUGUCUCGGGCCACACCAAAUAAGGCAAGUUUUGGAAGAAGUGCAUGAAGGCCAUUGCGGCGCCCAUACGGGGAACCGCGCUCUUGUCCGGUGCCUCAUACGCGCCGGUUACUACUGGCCCACCAUGAAGAAAGAGGCAGCGGACUACGUCCGAAGAUGCGAACAAUGCCAGAAGUUCGCCCCUAUGAUACACCAGGCAGGAGAACUCCUCCACUCAGUCACUUCGCCAUGGCCGUUCAUAAAAUGGAGGAUGAACAUAAUCGGCCCCCUACCAGCUGGACGAGGAAAGGUACGCUUUCUGUUAGUUUUAACUGACUAUUUUCUAAAUGGAUCGAAGCAGGUGCGUAUGCGCAAAUACGCGAGCAAGAGGUAA